UUUUUACUUUCAAAAAUGGAUGUCUGCGUAAUUAUGGUUAUUAAACGACUGGCCGGUGAGAAGUCUCUUCUCCAAAAAUAAUCGGAGAGGAGAGGGGAGAGCCUGUCACAGCCUGCCUAAACGAAAGUCGUUUACUUUAGAUUUUGUUACAAUUUUACAAGACAUUUGUUUUUAUUAAAUAGUUACUGAAGGAGAUUUUAGAACGACGGCUCGUUGGAAUCGGGCGAGUACGCAGUGGAGAAACGGAGAGAGAGAAACCAGUUCAGAGGGCUUUUCUGAAAAAACUUCCACGGUGCGUUUCUGUUGCUUCCUCAGGCUUUUUGCAAGUAGAAAACCUCAACGUAGCUAUCACGGUGCUAUCAUCAGUGGCAUCACGAUCAACUUAUGCUUUUCGAAAUUGUGAUGAAGUAUGUGAAGCCGCUGGCCUUGUUCCAUGAAUUGAUGAAGGCAAAAGCACAAGGGGAAAGGCGGUUGCUUGGCUUGGAUGUCGGUGGUAAGUAUGUAGGCUUAGCCAUCUCAGACCAGUGUAAUGAAAUCGCAUCACCUCUAAGUGUUCUGUUAAGGAAGAAAUCAAACAUUGAUUUGAUGGCUGAUGAUUUUCAAAGUCUGACAUCUGAGCUUUCCCUGGCGGGUUUUGUUGUUGGCUACCCUUUCGACAGACUGCGAAGUGCUCCUGAUGCUGUGCAGGUGAAGGUUUUCAUUGACGACCUCUGCAAAACAGGGAAACUUGAAGGUUUAAAGUACACAUACUGGGAUGAGUGCUUUACAUCAAAGAAUGUGGAAUUACUAAUAAAACCUUUAGCUUUGUGUCCAACUCAAGCAAAAACAAUGAUUGACAAGUUUGCUGCUGUUGGGAUACUUCAGGGAUACCUGGAUUAUGUUAAUAGGGAGACGAAAAUGGAAGAGACAGAAUGAGGACUUCGAAAUGGAUUCAAAGACUCCUUUUUAGUGAAGUAUUGCAAACACCUUAGAUUUAUUUGGGGUCCUUCAACAAUUAAAAAGGUCUUUCUGUUUCACAUAAUGAUUGGCAAUCAAACUGUUAGGAACUGGUAUACCAACCGGCCAACAUUCUACAGUAGAAUAUUUCUUGAAUACAUUAUUUUUCAGAUGGAUAUUGCGAGUGUUCUACAGAUAUCAACCGACAAGAACAAUCUACUUGAAAUUUGAUUUUUUUUUUCUUUGAGAAUAA